GUACGUUAGAUUUCAUUCAGCUGUUGCCUGGAUGCGUGACUUCGUGUGCUUCGUAUACAGUGCAAUAUAGUGGUAUACAGCGCGUACGUGUUGGUACGUGCGGCAUUCGUGUCGCAGAGGCGGUGGUAAGCGAAAAACAACCCCGAGUCGUGAUAAACCCGAUAUCUUUCCGACAACCUCGCUGACGAAGCCUCACGACAACCGGCACGAUGACGGGAUUCACAGAGAGUGCCCUGGUCAAACGGCUGAUGGAUCUAAAUCCGUCGCAGCAGAGCAUCCAGACGCUUUCACUCUGGCUUAUACAUCACAGAAAACAUCACCCGACCAUCGUGAAGAUCUGGUUCAAAGAAAUGUGCAAAGUGAAGGACAAUCGCAAGUUGAUGUUUAUGUAUCUGGCUAAUGAUGUCAUCCAAAAUAGCAAGAAGAAAGGACCGGAGUUUGGAAAGGAAUUUGAAUCAGUUUUACCAAAAGCUUUUGAGCAUAUGAAGGGUUUUGAUGAAAAGACGAGGGAACGAUUAAAUAGGUUACUACAAAUCUGGGAAGAAAGAGGAGUUUAUGACAAAGCACAGAUAGCCGAGUUUAAAGCAGCUUUUGCACAAUCCGAGAAGGAUAUUGUGGCACCACCAAAAAAGAAAGCUAAAAUUGAAAUUGAGAAAGUGAAGAAGGAGAAGAAGGAGAGGAAAAAAUCUGAGACUGAAGUAGUGGAAGUGGACGGUACCAAAGAGCUCCAUGUGACGUUGAGCCCACGGACUCCCGCUGGCGAUCCACCGGAAACCGAGGAACUCAUCAAGGCUUUAAUGGAUCUGGAAAAUACCGCGUCCUCAGACGCCAAUAUCAGAGAACGUAUUGCAUCCUUACCACCGGAAGUCUCAGAAGUUUCGUUGCUCGCGAAUCUCGCCGAUCGAACAGCCGCGGAUCAGUUGAGUGCCGCGGUAAACGAGGCUGCCACGCUCUUGGCGGAUUACAAUGGACGGUUGCAGGCUGAGAUGGAGGAUAGGAGAAGACUUCUAACAAUGCUGCGCGAUUACACUUUGGCACAAAGGCAGUUACUUCAGCAGGCACAAAGCACUUUAGAAGACUAUAAAGAAAAGCUCAAGAAGGUGUGUGCGGUCCGGUCAGAGGUAAAGUCUCACAUCUCGAAUCUUCCCGAUUUAACACAACUGCCCGACGUGACUGGCGGUCUGGCACCUCUUCCUUCCGCUGGCGAUCUGUUUUCCAUGCAUUAGUGUAAGCUGGCUUGGACGAGCGUUUAUAGUAUAUUAUUUUAGUUUGCGCGGAUAUAGAAUUUUCGAGGUCCAUGGUACAAUAGAUUUGUAAGACGACGAUGAGAAAUAGUUAUCAAUGAUUAACUUUGUACUGUGGCAUAUUUGAUAAAUUCGAUUAAUGAAACUUCCUAUGUAUGUUCAGUGAAGUACAAAACGGUGAAGUACUAAUGGACGAAACAAGGUUAAAGUAUUGCAGCUCAUGAAGAGGACAUAAUGAAUAUAAGAAUGAUAAAGAUACAAGACCUAGAAAAACACAUCGUAACUCUCGGUUUUGUACUUUAAGUGAUAAACCGCCUAACUCCGUGUUGAGUUUUAGCGAAAGGAUAUCAUACCUAAGCAGGCUGAAAAUUUUAUUUCUACGAGAUAAAUCGCGAAAGGGAAUCCUAUAUGUUUUAGCAACGUGAAAAAGAACAAUGUUCCUGAACACAAUGUUGCGAUACCCGAAUUAUUCGAAAAGAUCGCAUAAAAUUUCCAUAUGAAUUUGGUAUAUAAUUAUUAAAUAAUUAUUAAAUAGAUCUUGGAUUGACUAUGUAAUACGUAGAUUAUUAAGAAAAAGACUCAGAACUUAAAUGAAAUCAAAGUAAACAAAAUUAAAUAAAGUUUUUUUUUUGUUUGACAGCUAUUAUUUACUCUUUAAAUUCUGAGUCUUUUUCUCUAAUAUCUACACGUAUACAUACAAAGAGCUGUGCAUGCAUCGAAUCUGUAUAGUCGCGAAAUACAUGAAACCAUAGAGAAAGACUUCCGAAUGAUAAAUCAGCGUAAGAAAUACAACGUAUAUGAUAAAAGCGAAUGAAAUUUGUGUAACUGAUGAGCUAGCUCUCUCAAGAAGAAGACAGAAGCUUUUUGCUAAAUUGACAAGAUAAUCUACACACAACAUUUAAAAAAUGAUUAAAAUUUGCAAAGCGCAUCAGAUUAUCUUUGUACAAUUAUUAAAGACAUCUGAUACGUAUUUUUCAAUUGCGCAAUCAUUGUUCAUCAGCGAUAUAUAGAGAUAACACUCUCUAAGGUCGGAUAACCCUUACUUGUACAUAUUAUAUACUGUAAUCUAGUAUGAUUUCAGAACUGACAAAAAGAGCUCUUCGUGAAUAUUCGACUGUGAAUGAACGGUAGUACGUUUAGAUUAUAAUAGUGUAUAUGUAACUAUUUUAAAAAGACAAAUCGCAUAAUGUGCAUUAAAAAAGGAAAAAAAAAGAUUGUAAUAUGCCGAA